AUGGAAGAUUCUAGCAAUUGUGAUAUCGGUUGUGAAGAGGAGAGUGUAUUGAUGAUCCCAAAUCAGAAGACUACAGAGCUGAAAUGUGACCUUCAAGCUCUCAAUAUUGACUUGCCUUCUAGCUCUGAUGUUGAUGUUAGCUCUAUGGUUUCUAUGUCAUCAUGGGAUUCUGAACCCGAAAAGGAUAUCUCGCCCGAGGAAUCCCUUCAGGAUAGUAACCUCGAAGGAAACCAUUUUGUUGAGGUGGAGAACAUAGAUGAUGAUUUUUCGUGGGAGGUGGACAAUAGAAGUUACGAAGAGUUGCUCAAAAAGUUCAUGGAAAAGGAGGAAGAGCUGAGAGUUUCCAAUUUGAAGCUUCAACUUUCGGAGCAAGAUACUAUCAACUUGGCUGUUCAAGUUGAGAAUAGCGAGAUUCAGAUUAAUGAUGUGUGUGAAAAAUUAGAGCUGAAGGAGGUUCAAAUUUUAAAAAGUGAGAAUGAACUUGAUAGUUUGCGCGGAGAAUUGAAUCAGAAAAAUGAUCAGCUUGAUAAUGUGCGCAAAGAAUUGGAGUUGAAAGAGGAGGAGUUGAAUGAACAAAAGAAGCUUUCAGAAGAAGAGAUUUUCAAGUUGGAGAUUAAAAUUACAAAAAAUUUAAGCAAGAUUAGAAAUUUGACGGAACAAGUUGAUGUGGAUCAUAAGAAACUCAAGAUUUUAACUGAUGAAAACGAAAGUUUACGAAAGGAACUUGGUAUGAAGUCAUCUAUGACUAAUCAGUUGCAAUGUCAGAUUAAAGAGGAAAAGAGAAAAAGGGUUAUAUUAGAAAACUUGGUUAUAAUGAAUGAGGAAAAUAACAAUAACCACGAGGAGGAGUUGAGAAAAUUGAAUUUGAAACAGUUUGAUUUGCAGAUUGGGUUCUUUUCUCAUAGAAAAAAGAUGGAAGCUGAUAUUGCAAGUUUGUCAAAACAGAAAAAACAACUGACCUCUAAACUAGAGGAUUGUGAGUCUAGAAACAAGGAGUUAAAACAAAAACUUAUGCGAAAUGAAGCUGAAAAUUUGAAACAUUUUCAAGUUGAAAUCAGGUAUUUGAGAAGAAAACUCGAUGAGAGAGUGAUUGAUGUAGAAGAAGCCAAUGUCAAGAUUGAUAAGCUUAACGAUGAGAUAUGUUCCCGCGAUGGUGAAAUAUCAGAUAUGAAGAAAUAUAUGGAAGAGAUAAACACAUCACGAGAGGUGCUGGUGGUGGAAGAAAAUAAGUUGAAAUUGAGAGUAGAGGAACUUGAACAAGAGUUGAUUAAGCAGAAGAGUGUGAUCUUGAAUAUGGCUGACGAGAAGAAGGAGGCCAUUAGAGAACUCUGUAAUUCACUUGAGCACUAUAAGACUGGAUAUAAUGAAGUUUUGCAAGCAUAUGAAGUUUUAUAUGAAUCGUGGCGCACACGCUGUUUUAGCUUCCUAGUUUAA